CGAUUCUUCACAUAGCUCACAAUCAAUCAAUUCUUGUUAAAUCAAAUCAAAAUCCCAUAUCAUUGGAGUCCCCACCUUAAAAAAUGGCUCAUCUUUUUCUUACAGUGAAAUUCUUGGCCUUGCUGUCCAUCCUCGUCAAUGUAGCGGCGGCGGCGGCGGCGGCCGGAGAAGACAACCAGCUCCUCAAAUACCACCGCGGCGCGCUUUUACAGGGCAAGAUCGCCGUGAAUCUCAUCUGGUACGGUAAAUUCAAGCCGUCCCAGAGAGCCAUCGUCGCCGAUUUCAUAAACUCCCUCUCGCCGGCGGCGAAGUCCGCCGCCGCCGCUCGCGGCCAGCCCUCCGUCGCCGAGUGGUGGAAGACCACCGAGAAAUACUACCACCUCGCCAACUCCAAAAACCCACUCUCUCUCCACCUCGGCCGGCAAAUCCUCGACGAGAACUACUCCGUCGGAAAAUCCCUUUCCGACGAGCACAUCGUCCAGCUGGCCUCCAAAGGCGAUCGGUCUAACGCCGUCAACGUCGUCCUAACGGCGUCCGACGUCGCCGUUACCGGCUUCUGCCUCAACCGCUGCGGCGCCCACGGCUCCCGGAGCUCCGCCGUCGGCCGGAAAAGCCUCAAAUUCGCGUACAUCUGGGUUGGCAACUCCGGGACCCAAUGCCCCGGCUACUGCGCCUGGCCGUUCCACCAGCCGGUGUACGGCCCUCAGAAUCCGCCGCUGGUGUCGCCGAAUAACGACGUCGGCGUCGACGGGAUCGUCGCCGUCCUGUCGGGCCUCAUGGCCGGAACCGCCACGAACCCCUUCGGCAACGGCUUCUACCAGGGCCCGCCGGAGGCGCCGCUCGAGGCGGCGUCGGCCUGCCCCGGAGUCUACGCCAAAGGCGCCUACCCUGGCUACGCCGGCGACCUUCUGGUGGACAAGACCACCGGCGCCAGCUACAACGCCGUCGGGGUUAACGGCCGGAAAUAUCUGGUUCCGGCGUUGUACGAUCCUGCCACAUCCAAAUGCUCCACUUUGGUGUGAGAGACAUAUAUUUUAAUAUUUUAUAAUUAUUUAUUUACAGAGAAAAGAUAAAUGAUAUAGUGUGUGAGUGUGUGUUAAGGAGGGAGAGGGCAGUACUACUUAAUGUAUUGAUUCGAUUCAUUUAUUUUUGGGAUAAAUGUAAGCCAAAUUUUUGAGA